AGUUUUGCGGACGCUCGUAGAAUUCCACCGAAUUGCUAAUGAUUCGGAAGGCGGUACUUUUAGCGAUGGUCUUGGUAGGAGUUCGGAAUGAACCGCAAGGCCCAGCCUAUCUUCCGCCCAGCUCUCGACCAGCUGCAGGAGGAGGGGGGACUGGUCAUCCGGACGAUUGGGCCGGUGAUCCGGCAAAUUACGAGUUCUCGUAUGAGGUUCAAGACGCGGCGGCAGGUCUGGACUUUGGUCAUCGCGAGAUGAGGAAAGACAUGGAAGCCACUGGUACUUAUCACGUGCUACUGCCGGACGGUAGGACCCAGAUUGUCGACUACAUCGCCGAUCAGGCCGGAUAUCGGCCGAUGAUACGAUAUGAAGGAACCGCGUCUUAUCCUGCACCUGCACCUGGAGGACAGGACGAGGGCUACAGAUAUUAAGGCUUUAAUUUUUUCGUGAUUAAGCGCCGAUCUUUAACGCAUUCCGAGAUGAUUAAGUACUAUUAUUGUAAAGACACUCCUUAUAUAUAUAAAUAUAUCACGAGCCCGAUCGUUCGGAGAACGAAACG